AUGCUGUUUCCGAUCCAACCAAGUGUCGAUUGGAGUGGGGAUCAAGGACGGUUGUAUUCGUGGGGUACACAGAUUUUCGGCCAACUGGGCCACGGGGAGGAACUGGAGCAAGAACACGUCGCUGAAUUAACCACCGAAACAGAUGAAGAUAUCGAAGCAAGGAUCGAAACCGGACAUCCUAACGACAAUCUUGACGGCGAAAAAGACAGCGAAGAAGGAGAAGAACCGCCGGAAAAAGUUGUGAUCGUCGAGAGAAUCCCGAGACUAGUGGAAGGCCUGAAUGGACAUAACGUGGUUAAAAUCUCCGCUGGGAACCACUUCGCUGUCGCCAUCACAAGUACUGGCUUAGUAUUUUCAUGGGGUCGAGGUUGUUUCGGUCAGCUUGGCAAUGGCAAAGUGGCUGACGUGAGUACCCCCACUCCAAUCGAAUCUCUGAAAGACUAUACCGUCAUUGAUAUCGCGGCUGGGAGCGAUCACGUGAUUGGAGUUAUCGUUCCAAGAGAAGCAUUCCAUCGGUCAGACCAACACGAAGAGAGUCUAGCAACUGAACACUCCGUCGUGAUGGUCUGGGGUCAAGGCAAGCACGGAUGUUUGGGCUUGGGUGGCUCUAGCAACGAGCUACUCCCAACAGAGAUUGUCUUCUUUCGAGGCUUAGGAGCCGUCAAGGCUGCGGCUGGAGCAGGUCAUUCCUUAGUUUUGUGCAGAGCUGGUGCUCAAACGUUCUUGUAUGCGUUUGGAGGCAACCAUUUGGGUCAGCUUGGAAUUGCUUCCAGUGCUGACCACGUUGACAUGCCUUCGUUUCUGGACGAGUUUGUCAAUGUUCAUGUAGCAGACAUUGGCGCUGGAGCGCAGUUUUCUGCAGCUCUAACGAGUGAUGGCCAAGUAUUCACGUGGGGAGAUGCUCGCUAUGGCAAAACCUGUAGAGCCGACGGACGCACAACGUAUGUACCGUGGAGUGUUGAUCUACCAAGCAACAUUCCUAGCACUGCUUUCGUCACUCAACUCUCGGUUGGCUCGUAUCAUUGCUUAGCUCAAUUACGAAUCGGUGGCCAAAUCGACCGAUGGAGGAAGUUCUCGCUUGGUGGCAUUACACCAGCUCUACGCCACGAGGAGCACAACCGUAAAGAAGCUCGCAAACUACAACACAAAGUGUUCUUGGCAUCUUCGUCCAGUGUGAUACUUGCCAAAUAUCGCCACUCUGUCGACUGUGUUGCCGUCGAUGUCACAUAG